AAUAGCUUGCAUAUUUGAAGAGGCUUCUCCUCAAAUUGGAAGACCUCACCAUUACUCCCUCUCCUCUCCUCUCCACCCCAGAGUUCUCCUUAUGGAUAAAGCUCUGAGCUUUCUUCAGCAUUAACAUACUAAUAACUAAGAGGAUUUAAGAGAGUCCUAAGAAAAAGAAGCGGGGGAGAAAAAGAUUGAGAGAGAGAGAGAGAGAGAAAGCAAAAGCCAUGGUCUUUCUCAGGACACAGAUCCCCAUGGAAUUCAAAGGAGAGUGGUGGAGCUCACUCUUUAUGCUUAUAUAGUUUAUAGAGGGAGGGAAAGACUUUGGGUCUUGUUAUAUAGAAUCUCAUACGAGCGUUAAGAGAAACGAAGAGCUAUGAAAUCUAUGGACAACAACAACAAUAACGGUAACAACUGGUUGGGCUUCUCUCUUUCCCCUCAGAUUAAUAUGGAGCUAUCCUCGGAGUCCGACCACCACCAUCAUCAGCAUCAUCAGCCAUCUCCUUCCUCUUCCUCUGUCCCAAACGCAGAAACGGUAGCAAACUGCAGCAGCAUUUUCCUAUCUCCAUCUGGGUUCUGCAACUAUGAGGAAGAUAAUAUCACUGCGGGUCUCUACUCUCAGUUAUCAGCCAUGCCCAUCAAAUCUGAUGGCUCUCUUUGCAUCAUGGAAGCCCUCAGCAGAUCACAACACCAAGGUAUGGUGCAAUCUCAAUCUCCAAAACUAGAAGACUUCUUGGGCUGCAGUGGUCCCAACAUUGGGGCCCAUCAUCAGUAUGGGGGAAAUGACAGAGAAACAACAACAACAGCAACAUCAGCAUCAGCUUCGACCAUGUAUUACAGCCAAAACCAGGAGGCUCUUGAUCUCCUCCAGACCCAGCAGCAGUACUUCCAUCCGCUUCAGCACAUGUAUCAUCAUCAUCAUCAAGAACUGGGGGGAGAAGAUGAUGGGUUUUCUUCCUCCAUCAAGAACUGGGCCUCAGUUGGGGGAAUGGGCUAUGGAGACCUGCACUCCUUGAGUUUGUCAAUGAGCCCAGGUUCUCAGUCAAGCUAUGUUGCUGCUACUCAGCAUAGCGUGGCCUCUGAUCACUCUGGAGUUGCUGCUGUUGCUGCUGAGGCCAUGCCUUUGGAUGUAGUAGUAGCAAAGAAGAGGGGAAAUGGGAAAGGGGGGCAGAAGCAGCCGGUUCAUAGGAAGUCCAUUGAUACUUUUGGGCAGAGAACUUCACAGUUCAGGGGAGUUACAAGGCACAGGUGGACUGGUAGAUAUGAAGCUCACCUUUGGGAUAAUAGCUGCAAAAAAGAAGGGCAAACUAGAAAAGGAAGGCAAGUUUAUCUCGGGGGUUAUGAUAUGGAAGAGAAGGCAGCAAGAGCUUAUGACUUGGCUGCACUCAAAUAUUGGGGGCCUUCAACUCAUAUCAACUUCCCUCUGGAGAAUUACAACCAAGAACUCGAAGAAAUGAAGAACAUGAGCAGGCAGGAAUAUGUUGCUCAUUUAAGAAGAAAAAGUAGUGGGUUUUCUCGAGGCGCAUCGAUAUAUCGAGGAGUAACAAGACAUCAUCAGCAUGGCAGAUGGCAAGCUCGCAUAGGGAGAGUUGCUGGGAACAAAGAUCUUUAUCUCGGAACCUUCAGUACACAAGAGGAGGCAGCCGAAGCCUAUGAUGUAGCUGCCAUAAAAUUUCGAGGGGCAAGUGCAGUCACAAACUUCGACAUAACAAGAUACGACGUAGAAAAAAUCAUGGCAAGCAAUACCCUCCUCUCUGGCGAAAAUGCUCGCAGAGUCAAAUCUAUAGAAGCUGACAUUGUCAACAACACCACCACUACUGAAAGCAACAACAACAGCACAAGCUCAGAUUGGAAAAUGGCGCUCUAUGAAUCACCGACUCAAACGCUGCAAAACUCCGAAUCAAUGGUGGAUCAAGAUCAGCCAGUUUCUGUAGCUUUUCACGGCUUUAUCGGGAUGGAGACUGUUAAUUAUGUGCAGGGAAUUGAUGAGUCUGGAAAAAUGGCGGGAACUCACAUUUCGAAUCCAUCUUCACUUGUGACGAGCUUGAAUAGCUCGAGAGAAGGCAGCCCUGAUCGAAACGGGUUGUCAGUAGUUUAUUCAAAGGGUGAGCCUCAGUUUAACGUUGGUUCGAGUCCUAGUCUUGGUUCAUGGAUGCCAUCGACACAGAUUAGGACUGCGAUCUCUAUGGCUCAUAUGCCCAUGUUUGCUGCUUGGAGUGAUGCUUAAGGGUUUUAAAUUUGCAUUUUGUGAGGGAGAAGGGGAGAAUGUGUAUCUUUUUUUUUCUUGCUGUUUGUAGCUGAUAUUUAUAGUUGUAUGAGUUUGUAGCUGGUUGAGUCUGGGCCCUAGUCUUGGUAUCUUACUAUUUUUUUCAAGCUUAGUUGUUAUUUCUGAUCAA